AUUUAAGAAUGUGGUAUCAGGAAGUUGCUUGUACAAUUUGUAGGACAGUAGGAGUUGUAUGUUAUCUGUUCCGUGUUUUUGAUGUUGGAAGCUUAAAGUUAAAGUGUUUAUAACAUUAUUAAACUUUAAAGUAUUAUGAGAAAGGAGUUGACAUGUAUUUCAUGAGUGAGAAGUGCUGUGUUAUUUUCUUAUUUAUUUGCGGUUAUAAUUUCAUAUUUAGUGAAGCCGUUGAAGAUCAAUAUUAUAAUAUUAAUAGAACCAACAGUACUACAAAUACCACUCCUGCUAAUACUAAUAAUAGUACUAGUAGUGUAAGUAUUCUGUCUAAUACUGAAAAUAAUACUGAUAGUAUCAUCGACGUCGUCAAGUUUUCGAGUCGUGAACUUGAAGUUGAAAGAAAGAUUGCAACUACAAGGACUAGCAGUCUAGCUACAACUACAAAUCAGCCUAAGCAUGUUAAUUUUGCUACAUUAAGAAAUAGUGCAACUAAAGUUAAUAAUUUUUUCCCAAAAAUCAUACAAGGAGAAUUCAAUGAGACGUACAAUAAUACAGUUGUUGCCCAGGAUAUUGAAGUGAUUUACUGUUUUGUGUACGACUAUCACCCAAAUCAGACAAGUGCUAUUCGAAUAAUGGUGUCUAGUGAGAAUGCUACACAAUAUUCACCUGUCAUGUUUGUAGUGAAGCAAGAUACAGGAAUUUUUUCAUGGCAAGUUCCAAUGGUCAUGGAGAGACAUGAAUAUAUACAUGUCAGUAGAACCUUAUGCCCUAUGCAGAAUUAUAGGAAUACUUAUCGACCUGUUCCACCAGGUAACCAGAGUAUAUAUGUUGAUGUAUCUACAUCUUCUAAAAUACCUGUGCCUUUUCUUCUAAGAAUGACUACUAUCCCCGAGUUUGUUCUGAAAACGGGAGAGGAAAUGCAUGUAAAAGUUUCUCCAUCUGAACCCCAAUUCUUCCAGUACAACUUUCCACCUGACAAAGAUCUAGUUUUAGUUCAAAUUACAUCAGAAGAUAGCCUAUGCAUCACCGUUUCCAUUCAGAACAUUGAGUGUCCAGUGUUGGAUUUGGACACAAAAAUUGAGUUUGUAGGGCUGUAUCAGACAAUGUCACAUAAGGGAGGGAUCACAGUCAGGAGAGAAGACUUUCCUACUUCUCAGUUUUAUGUUGUAAUUGUUGUCAGACCCACUGACUAUCAGUGUGAAGGACAGGCUAAAAUUCAGCCAGCUUCCAAUCAAAAGAGAGAAAAGGAUGUUAAGAUCACAGUCAUUCCUAAAAUAACUAAAAUGGAAUACUAUGAAGCAGUUUUUGGAACCCUAGGGAUAUUUUUUAUGUUUUAUAUUUUUUCUAUUGUCAUUUCUGCAUCAAGUUGCUUAAGAGCGUGGAAAACACCCUCAGUGAAUGUACAUAAAGAGAGAAGUGAUAGUGCAUCAUGUACUAGGCAACCACGAAAGAUGCGUAACUAUGGAAGUAUAACAGAUGGAGUAAACAGUACAAACAUACUAGCUGAAACUAGCAGUAUGAUUCAUCAGUCUGAAAAUGUAGCAUAUGAAAUUUCAUCGGCUUCCAUUAGUGAUGACACGAUGUCAGAUAGUUUGUUUGAUGAAACAGAUGUGGACAUGCUAGAUGAUGCUGAUGAGGAAAAAGAUGUAUUUAGAACAAAGACCUUUCUUUAUGUUACUGAUCUUGCAAGAAAAAAAGAAAAAAAAUUAGGCAAAAAAAUCUGCGACAUACUUUUGGUGAGUAUGAAAACAUUAGUUUAUCAAUGGAAGAACUUGAUUAUUAUUGCAAUAUUUUAUGGUGUUCCUGUGAUUCAGCUUGUUUAUACUUAUCAAAAAGUUCUCAAUGUCACUGGUAACCAAGAUAUAUGCUACUACAACUUCUUGUGUGCCCAUCCUAUUGGUGUGUUUAGUGAUUUCAACCAUGUAUACAGUAACUUGGGCUAUAUUAUGCUAGGUUUACUCUUCUUGGGACUUGUAAGGAGAAGAGAAUUUGUUCAACAUGACAGAGUAGAUAAGAAUUGUGGUAUACCAGGGCAUUUUGGUUUAUUUUAUGCCAUGGGCCUGGCUUUGAUUAUGGAAGGAGUUUUAAGUGGGUGCUACCAUGUAUGUCCAAAUGGAUCUAAUUUCCAGUUUGACACAACAACAAUGUAUGUUAUUGCAAUGCUCUGUAUGAUGAAAAUUUACCAGAAUAGACAUCCUGACAUUCUUGCAAAGUCUCACUUUGCAUACUUAUUUAUUGCUGUUGUAGCUGUCAUUUGUGUCAUUGGUGUGUUGAAAAGGUCUACUGUUUUCUGGAUAGUGUUUGUGCCAAUGCAUGUUUUACUAGGCCUUGCCCUAAGUGCCCAGAUAUACUACAUGGGACGGUGGAAACUUAACAUGGGAAUCUUUAAGCGGAUGUAUCAAACUAUGAGGGUGGAUUUACAUUCUCCUUUCACACGACCUAUGUAUAUGGAUCGGCUGGUGUUACUGCUUGUAGGCAACUUUGUUAACUGGUUGUUAGCAGGGUAUGGUCUUUACACUCAGCCUCGAGAUGUUGCAUCCUACCUCGUGGCAUUGUUUAUAACAAAUCUCUUACUUUAUGUUGCCUUUUACAUCAUAAUGAAGCUACGUCACAAAGAACGAAUUUUGCCUGUCUCUCUGUUAUAUAUUCUGCUUUCAGCUGCCACCUGGGCUGCUGCUCUGUUUUUCUUCCUGCAGAAUGUAACUAGCUGGCAGGGAACUCCUGCCCAGUCCAGAGAACACAAUCGAAACUGCCUUCUGUUACAUUUUUAUGAUGAUCAUGACAUCUGGCAUUUACUGUCCAGUUCUGCCCUAUUCUUUUCUUUCAUGAUUCUUCUAACGUUAGAUGAUGACCUUGUUUCUACAUCCAGAGACAGUAUCCCUGUCUUUUAAAUUUGGUUUCUUUAGUGGUAAACUUUGUUAUUGACCAAUGAUAGUAUUCAUAAUUUUUUUUCUGUUUUUUCCGCAUUACAAUAAUUGAAAAAAAUGUUUCAAUGAAUUUUAAAUUUCAGAAUAAUCUUCACUCUCCACAUUAUGUAUGUAUGCAUAAAAAAAUCUCACAAGAUUAGUGAUGUUAUUUAAAAAGAAAAUAUUUUUUAAAAGUAGUUUUAUUUUACAUUUAGUAUUUUUAAUAAUGUGAAAAAUUCAAAAUUAUCUAUAAAAUAUCUUGUGAAUUAGUAAGCUUGUAAGGUAUCAGAAUAAUUGUUGACAAUAAUUGUUGAGUUUUGAGCAUCCUUUUAAAUGUGAAAAUAACUUUCACUAAAAAGAAUUUUGAAAAUGUUCCUUCUUUUAAUGAAUAGGUCAUGAAUGAGCUUGAAAGUUUGCAGUAAUAAAUGUUGUCCAGAAAUUAUGUUAACAAAAUUCUUUACUUGUUUUAAAAAAUUGGUCAAUAUAAUAUUUGGGCACUGUUUAACAGUGUAAAUUUGGAAGAUGUUUUAUUUUAUUUUAUUUCACUUUUGAUAGAUGAUUAUAUGUUAAUGUAUUACCUCAUUUUGAAACAUGUUUCAAUAGCCAAUCUCUUUUUUAAGAGCAGUCUUGUGUAAGACUAUUUUUUCCAUUUACUUUGAACUUUAGGUUUCUUCUGAGUAUCCAACUAUCUUAGGGCAAAAGAUGAAAAUAUUAAAAACAGAGUAUCUUCAAAAGCUAUGAAUUGUGGUUAGAUGUAUUAUUUUUAUUAAAAUUAAUCCUAUUUUAAAACAGACUGUUAGAAGCUUGAUACUUUCUUCACAUAUCAAAAUUUCUACUCUUCUGAAAAAUAUACAGCUCACAUAUAAAUAUAUAUAAAUUCAAGUAGUAGUAGUAUGACAUAAUUUCCUGUUAAAAUGAUGUAACUCCCUGUAAUCAAGCUUUUAGCUGAAGAUGCAUUAAUACACUAAAUUUCAUCAAUUUAUGUAGAAAUAUUAUAAUAUAAUAUUAACAAAACAGAUACAAAUUUGUCAUGUAAAUAUUACAGUUCUUAUUCUUUUAUUUAGUUUUUCAUAUUGAUGUGUUUAUUGCAAUAUUUUUUCAAGAAGCUGUUUAAGCUAAGUUUUUUCAUUUGUCAAUUAUUUUGUGUUAUCGACAAGGCUAUUCACAUUUAAACAGAGUAAUUGUAAGUAUGCUCUUAUUGCAUAACAGUUAAUUAUGAUGUUGCUUCACAGUGAUCAAAUUAUCAUAUCAUUACUAUAAAGCGUGACAAUAAAGUUUUAUUUUAAGAAUAUGUUUGGGGGAGAUUUUAUAGCACAUCCUGUGAAAAUGCAUCACUCUUGUUUUAAUUAUUCAAUUCAACCUCUUCCUCCUUACUUGUAAAGUAGUAGCUUAAAGCUUUGAACCUAAAAAAUAUUAUAAAUCAAGUACUUUUUAUAAUCAUAUCUGUUAAAACAGCAUAAAUUAGUUGAUUAUAAUAUUAUCUUGAAAACAUAUCUCACAAUAGCAAUAUAAAUUAAUUAAUAUAUAAUAGUUUUGGAAAACAUGUUUUUAUUUAAUGCAGCCCGUAAUAGUUAGUAU